UGGGACCCUUGUGCACUUCCUUUCCACGCCCCAACAUCCACCCCCACCCCAUACUCCCUACUUGUUACGCGCAUUUGUUGAGAGCCGGGUCCACUUACAUAUAUUCCGCUGAAAACCGUUACAGACGACGAGCAGCAUGUGUCUAGAGCGGAAGGUGUUGGGUUGGAAAGGGGGGAGGGAUGAUGAAGCAUCAUUUCUUCUUGCUUGCUCUCUUUCUCUCUUUCUAUGUUGUGCACAAUAACUUACAAAACAGCACACUUCCGCGCGAGAUCUGUUCCAUAUACGAAGCGCGGGCGAUGGAUCUGUUUUGGGGAUGCUUUGGAGGGGAAGAGUUGGGCAAUGUUGAGGAUUGAACUAUUAACUAGUUUUUCCACCGCACACUGCACACACUGACACACACACACGCGGUGUGUACACAUGUGCGCAUACCAGCGCGCGCGAGUUAGGGGCGAGUUCCUUCAACUUUCAAAGUCGCCAACGUCAGCAACACUCCACGACGUCCAGAAGCGGGAGUUGGGGUAUUUUUAUUUUGUUGUUCGGGUUUUUUUUAUUAUUAUUCGCUUUUCCUUCUUUGCCUGCGUGUGCACACACGAUGCAUUUGAUGCGGUUUUAUGUGGUGGAAAUUUUUAAAGCGUCGCAUAUGGGGAGGCUGCUGUUGUUCCUUCUGCCUGGCCGUGUACUCCACGUUGUGGUCAGCUUUGUGAACGGGUUGUGUUAGUUUCUUGCUUUUUUAAUCUGUUUCAAUCGUAUGUUGUUGUAAUGAAUGUUGAAAUAGUUUACGAUCGUAAACAACAUUUUCAUGGAGUAGUUUGUAUGGCAUUUUUUCUUCCAGCAUAACUUGCUUAGUACGGUCAGAUACAUACAGUAUAUCAUUGCUAGUAUGGUGUCUGGUUUAAUGAUUGAUAAGUGUCUAUUGAAAGUUACUAUUCCAUCAGUUCUAGUGAUGUUUAUAUUUUUCUAACCAGAGGGAGUUAGAAAGAGAGUGAAUUAAUUCAAUUCUACACGAAGAGUUUUUGUAAUUCUAUUGCGAAUUAACGCAUUUAUAGGGAUUUUACUAAUUCAUGAGAUAUUUAACUCAUCAGUGAUUUGUUUGGUGAUCUAAUUCUACGCGACGAUGAGUGAGCUCACUACUUGUGAGAAACACUAUCACCAAGAGUGAGUUAACUUCUUCUUGUAACUCACUCACUUUGAUGUUCACAAGGGAGUCGGUAUUCUCAUUUUCACUGCUCACUGAUCUUAGUUUUGCAAAGAAUUCUCAGAGAUCUUAGUCUUGCAAAGAAAUCUCACCAUCUGAAGGCCUCCUGAAGUUGCAAUACUUAGUUGCCAACUUUUGAAGGAGAUCCAUUUCGCUCUAAACUCAUUAAGAGGUUUUCGCAAGUUUAGCUCGACCAGAGGGUAGGUGUUAAAUAGUGUUUGUUUUGUUAGCGGUUAGAUGAGUUUUUUGCACAUUUUUCGCAAUAAGUUUAACGGGACAACUCCCUUGAAUUCUAUUGCAAAUAUCUAUUAUCUUGCAAUAUUGCACCUACAUGUAAAUUAAUGCUAGAAUUCAUCCUGAGCUUGAAAAUAUGUUUAGACUCCUGGAGGUACUCUCAAUGUCUUCAGCAUGAUUUAGUCCCCGUUCGAAACCUAAACAGUAAUAAUGUCAGAACUAAAUCCAGUGAAGCUUCUAGUGUUGCUAUCAUAUUUCCUAGCUGUGUUCGGCACAAUCGAAAACGAUCAGGUCAAAUCACGCCAACGACGCUUUUUAAUCUUUCCACGCGCCAAUCCACAACGUUUGCAGCUGAUCGGCGGGUUUGGUAUACCGGCCGAUAUACAGCUCGAAUCCAUCACGAUGGGAUAUGUGAUCAAAUCGGUCUAUUUCUUACCCUGGAACUCGUCUCACUGGAUACCGCCCUUUCUCGAUCGUCAUGAGUUUGAGACAGCACGUACACCGCAUAUCCUUCGUAGACGAGAAUCCUCGAUGGCAACACCACUGGUGAUAGCGCCUCAGAAGUUGUACGAACUUUACGAUGGUCAGUCGGAUGAGUUGGACGAUGAAGAUCUACCCUCAGAGUUUGGAACAUCUUCACCACAAUCCCGAUGGACGUUUUAUCACAUCCUGGAACAGCUGUUCGAUCAAAAAGGUUUAAAUGGUCGUAGCUGUGUGUUGCGUGCAAUUUGUGAAGGUUCCGAAGCUAGUUUUACGCAUACGAGUGGAUUGAUUGGAGAAUUGUUGCACAUUGCGUUUACGCCUUCUUCCACUAAUGAUGUCCAGACGGAACCUCAUCACAUAUUGUAUGGUGAGGCGGAAAGGAUACCAGGAUUGAUGAGUGCUACCAAAGGUGGCGGUGCAUCGGUUUGUGCUGACAUGUAUGCCGAAUGUAAAUUAUCACUAUUGGAUUCUUUUUCGAGUGUAUUCCAUGGAUUAUUAAGUGCAAUGUGAGUUGUGGACUGAGGUGUAACUUUUUUUUAAUUUAUCCUUGAAUAAUGACGUGAAGUACGCAAUAGCUAAGAUUAGCCAAUAAGUUGUUUAAAAUGAUUUCUUUUUUAAUCAUGAACUACUUAUUAAAUGAUCUGUUUUGAUUUGAAAUAUUUGAUCAUUCUUAUCUAUGUAAGUGGUGUAAUAAAUAAGUGUGCUUUUAGAUAUUUUUUAAAGAUAAGAUUGAUUUUUUUUAUUCAGCAUUGUUUGGAUUUUUAUAGCUUUAAAACUUUACUUCAAUAUAGGGUCCACUUGUAAUCCGGGUUUUAUUUGAGUUCAAGUGAGAAUGUUGACACCGUUUCUCGAUUCUUUGCACGCAGAACUGGAAUAUUUAGUAGUAAUUCAAAGAUUAGAGCAAUUUCUCAGAGUUUUCUCGGGUGGGCUUCAUUUAGUAUUUAAUUUGUACUUUUGUUGAAGACAUUUUAAACAUCCGUUAAAUUAUCAAUUAUGCUCUAAGUAUUAAUAAAAGUUCGUCAUCAUUAAAAUAUUAAAAAAAAAGUUAGUAAAAGUUAUCCAAA